GAAUCAAUAUAUUUGUUAGAUUGUUACAAGGCAUUCGCCGCUGUUUUACUUCUGCUAGGCAGACCCGCUAAAAAGCUUCUUGGGCAGCAGAAGCAGCUACCAGAUCAGCCGUCAUGGUGAAGUAUUCGAAGGAGCCCGAUAAUCCCACCAAGUCCUGCAAGGCAAGGGGCUCUGAUCUCAGGGUUCAUUUCAAGAACACAAGGGAGACAGCUUUUGCCAUUAGAAAGUUGCCUUUGGGUAAGGCUAAGAGGUAUUUAGAGGAUGUUAUGGCCCACAAGCAGGCCAUACCUUUCCGACGCUUCUGUGGUGGUGUUGGACGUACAGCUCAGGCAAAGAACAGGCAUUCUAAUGGACAGGGUCGCUGGCCUGUAAAAUCUGCCAAGUUCAUUCUAGAUUUGCUGAAGAAUGCUGAGAGUAAUGCCGAGGUCAAGGGAUUGGAUGUCGAUGCACUCUAUAUUUCUCACAUCCAGGUAAACCAGGCUCAGAAGCAGAGGCGUCGUACCUACCGUGCCCAUGGAAGAAUCAACCCCUACAUGUCUUCUCCUUGCCACAUUGAGUUAAUUUUAUCUGAGAAGGAAGAGCCUGUCAAGAAAGAGCCUGAAACUCAAUUGGCAGCUGGCAAGUCCAAGAAGUCCCAAGCUCUGCGCAGUGGUGCUUCCUCUUGAGUAAAAGUUUUAAAGUUUAGUCGGUGAAACAGUACUUUCUCACCUUUGAUUUCUUACUUUUGAGCAAGUUUUGGUAUUUUUCAAAGUAGAAUGAGUUGUUAUUUAGAUGUAUUGGAUGGUGGGUUCUUUUGUUUUCAAACCAUGUUUAGUCAAUGUUAUCUGAGAUUUAUCUUGCAGAUUUUUUGUUCAA